AUGCGCAGUGCGGCCACGAAGGAUCUCAAGUCUGCGCGUGAAGAACUUUCCGCUACAGCAACGCAGUUGGCGUAUGCUAGGUCGGAGCUCGCCGGCGCUCUCCCACUGUUGAAAUCAAGGGAAAAUGAAUUAAGCACCGCCAAGUCUGACCUCGCCUCAACACGCUCGAAUCUUGCGGAUGCCGUCGCCGAAAUAUCGUCCCUCAAAACUUCUUUGGAGCAAAUGGCACAUUCUUAUGAACAGGAAAAGUUGGGGAAGGAAGUGGCUGAAAAGAGGCUCGUCACGACGAAGCAAGGUCUGGCGACUCUCCGAGAAAACUACGAGUCACUUCAUUCUUCCUUCGUUGCUCUUGGAAAGUCUCAUGAGGCUUCGGAAGCUUUGCUUUCACAAGCUGUCGCCGAGGCGACUGAGAUCAAGCGGUCUGCAGCGGAUGCCUUGACCAGUGUAAAACCCCUCCUUGAAGCAGGCGGUGGCUUCUCCCGUGUAUUUGAGAUGAGAGAUACCAUUCAAGAACUCCAGGGAGAGUUGGGGUCAUCCCAGCGUGUGACUGAUCUCCUUCGAGACAAGCUCCACCACCUAUCUUCCCAGCUCGCGGAUGCGCAAGCACAGAUCAAAGAUUUCGAGGAUACGGAGCGUGGGACGCUAAGUGUUCUUCGUGAUCGCCUGGACGAUAAGCAGAGCUUGGAAGUUUUGUGCAGUGUCGGUGGGCAUCUCUAUCAACUGCCCUUGUUUGUAUGGACAUUUAUGUUUCCGUUUUCUCAAGGGAGCAAGGUAGAAGACCUGACGGACCGUCUGGCGAAGCACGAACGGGAAAGUAUCGAUUCCCUUGCUGAAGCAGCUGGUGUAGAGAACCUGAAAACCUUCUCAUCAACAAAUCUCCUUGAGCUGCAGGAGCUGAGGGUCAGGAGUGAGUGUACUCACCUACUUUUUGGAUUCACGUCCACUUACGGGCUUUUGAACAGGGGCCUUUCGAAGUUGCUCGCGUCUCAAGAAGUCAUCAACGCCAAGGACAAGGAAAUUAUCAGUUUGAAGGCAGAGGUCAAGGCUCUCGGCGAAUCGAAGGCUGAGUUGAGAGCAUUGGUUGCGGAAGCUAAGAAAGCGGUUGCAGAGAAAGACCGCGAGCUCAGAGCUAGGGAUUCAAAUAUCUUGUUUGAGCAAAAAGUCGAGGACCUGAAUUCGCAGGUCGAUUCUGCAGAGGCAUCGUUGAAAGUAACAAGAGAGUGGCUCGCACUGGCUGAAUCCGAGGCUCGUGAGCGUAAAGAGGAAAGCGACAUUCUGAAGACAAAGGUCGAGAGCCUUGAAGUCGCUUGGACCAAAUGGGAGGGCCUGAAUUCUAAGUUACAAACACAGAUUCACGAGCUUAGCACAAAAGAAGGCCUGGCUGUACGGACGACCCAACUGGUUCAAGCUGAGAUCAAGCGGGUCACAGCGGAAGCCAAGAAGGCCAGUGAGGAAGUUUCGCCAAGCGAAUCGUCGGUUGGAGUGGCAGGAAAUGACAUCAACAACGCACUCCAAAAUAAAUUGGAUGAGCAGACGGCUGCUUUAUCGCUAGUGAAGGACCAGAGCACUGCGAAUGAGGCAGGCGUUCAAGAGAUUGUUCACAACCUUAGGACGGAACUCGCUGUUGUCCAUGAGCAGAAACUCGCGCUUGAGCGUGAGACCGCCAACCUCAAAGCCUCAUUCAAUCAACUUACUCGGGAAUCCGCUGCCUCACUGGCAUCUGCUCAAGUGGACUUUGAGAAAAGGAUGAACCAGCAGGAGAAGGCUAACGAGCACCUUGUCUCGGCGCAGGAGAAACGCACUGUUGCCGCUGAGAAGGUGGCCACUCUGGCGGAGAAUGACGCUAAAGAAGCAAGAGUGGCGAGGGAGGAGCUUGCUGGUAGGCUUGCUUUGGCAGAGAUGUCUGUGAUUGUGAUUGCUGAGGAUGGCAAGGCUGCGGCGACGAGGGAGUCUGGGCAGAUGAAGGUCAUGAAAGCCUGA